CCCCCUUCAGGCGGCCCUGCGGAGGAGCGCCGAGCGCCUGGAUGCUCGCUGGUCCGAGCGGUCGGCGGAGGAGCCGAGCGGCUGACGCUGGGUCACCGCCCGCGGCCAUUUCCCCCUCCCCCUUGUCCCCUUCCUCCUUCCUCCUUCCUUCCUCCCCUUCCCUUCCCCCCGCCCAGUUCUUGCCGGGCGGGCCCAGCCCUGCCUGGCCUGGCCCCCAAGGGCGCCAGAAGUCUCUCGGCGGACGCUCAGGUGGUAUAUAUCAACCUUUUAAAGUUGGGAAAAGGAUAACAGCUUUUUGAGUAACAAAGAUGCCUCCUAAAUUCAAGCGCCACCUAAAUGAUGAUGAUGUCACUGGUUCCGUGAAAAGUGAAAGAAGAAAUCUUCUAGAAGAAGAUUCAGAUGAAGAAGAGGAUUUUUUCUUAAGAGGCCCAUCUGGACCAAAAUUUGGACCACGGAAUGACAAAAUUAGACAUGUACAGAAUCAGGUGGAUGAAGUAAUUGAUGUCAUGCAAGAAAAUAUUACAAAAGUAAUUGAAAGAGGAGAAAGACUGGAUGAACUACAAGACAAAUCAGAAAGCUUAUCAGAUAAUGCAACAGCUUUUAGCAACAGAUCAAAACAGCUUCGAAGACAAAUGUGGUGGCGUGGAUGCAAAAUGAAGGCCAUCAUGGCUCUAGUUGCUGUUAUCCUUUUGCUGGUGAUUAUCAUUCCUAUUGUCCUGAAAUAUCGGACUUGAUUCAGUGACCAGAGAUCGCCAAUAAAACCAUUCUGGGACAAGUUUAAAAAAAAAAAAGAAGAAGAAGAAGAUUGCUGCAUAAUUUAAGAAAUAUGUAUAUGACUUUCAAAAAUGUUUUUUCCCAAGAAGUAAAAAGAGGCAAGUGUCCAGUUCAGAUUGGAGCAUUGACAAGUUCCUGGUAGCCUCCUCUGUUUCACUAAAAUAUGCUCUCAUUAAUUUAUUUUUAAAACAGAAACAUCUACUUUGCCAUAUUAUAGGAGUCUAAUUUGAAACUAGAUACUUGCCAAUACGUUAUUUGUAUAUAGAGUUAAACAUUGAUGAUGAUAUUUAUAAUUUAACACAAUUUCCUACUGUAAACUAGAGAGGUGGGGAUUUAUUGCAUCAAGUUCAGGGAUAGGGUGGGACAUAAGAGAUGAAACAUUAUGUAAAAAGGAAUGGUAACGAUUCAGUUAAUAAUUACAAAAUGUAUACUUUUUCUCAUGUAAAAACAUUAGAUUUUGGAAAUAGCUUCCAUAUAUUUAUGAAGAAACUAAUGUUUUAAAUACUGCUACUUUCAACUGUGACUAAAGACAUUCCAGUAAACCUAUUUUGCCUGUAUGUAGAAUUUGUGAAAACUUUUUUUUUUUUUUUUUUUUUACUUUGAGGCUACAGUAAUGUAUUCUGAUCAAUCCUAAAGCACAGUCUCACACAAUUAAGGUAGGAAAUGAGAUUGAAGGAAAAGUGAGUUAUCAGUGGAAUGUUUGAGAAUAAUGGCUCCCACAUAUGGACACAUUGCAAUAAAAAAUAGCCAACUUUCAUUUCUCUCCAAUAAUAAUUGGAAAGAAAUUAAGAGAUGAUUAAUAAAGGAAAUCUAUUUUUGUUCCACUUUUUGCCCUCAACAAACCCUCUUUCCAGAGCUGCUAACAAGUAACAAAGACAGUUGUUUUGACUUUGACCACUUUUCCUUGCUUACCAUCUAUUCUCUAAUAGAAGUGGUAAUUUGCCACAAGAUGGCCAAAAAGCAAGUAGCAGGACCUAGGAGAAACUUCCAGGAGUCUUGAGUAAUCCACAGAUGGGAUCAUCUGUACCUGAAAAAUCACGUGUUGGUUAACAUUGAAAGUUUUAACUUUUUUCUUGACCUAUUUUCACUUAAUAAAUAGAGACAGGUUAUGAGAUUUUUAAAAAGCUUAAUCUAAGUUGUGCUAACAUAGUUAUGUUCUUCAUGCAUGCCAAAAAGAAAAUAAAAAAACCCAUUUAAAAGCACAGUGAAGUUCCACAAUGAAAACUGAAUGAUUUUACAAGAGCUUUGUCUAAGCAUCCUUGUGUCUAGAAGUCACUUCUUCACACAUUUUAACAAUAAAGUAAGUUAUGAGAUGGAAAAUGGCAAUAUGUAGUAAAGAAAAUGAGUCUAUAGAUUACUUAUUUUAGGAAAUUGUGUUGCUACAAAAUA